CAUCAACUCGCCCUUCACAGAUAAAAUACCUAAACAAGGCUACCUGUGGAAGAGGUCAGGUAUACAGCCUCCAACAUAGCAUCUCCCAUAAGACCUGAACAGCACAAGCACCUAUGAGUAUCCCCUUCUUUAGUUAAUAGUAAGUAUGUGAUUAGGGUACCCACUCCGUGUGCAUCCUGUUGAAUGAUUUCUACCCAUUCACCCAAGUACUGCGACAAGUUACCCUCUGUGUAUCCGUGUAUGGCGCUUAUAUGGACCGUGGGCUUCCGUCCACUUAACUCAAACAUCUAGGCAUCGAUCUCUCCAUGGGCCUUCCGACCUCACCUCGAUAAACGUCCAGAGGUCCCUUCACUUAUCUCCUUAAGAAGCCCAUGCUUCUCAUCCAUUCACUCUGUUCUUUCCUUUUCGCCCACUGGCCGAACAGACCUUUCGACACCCAGCUAUCCCUGUUUGGUUUCUCCUAUCCAACAUCACCUUCCACCCAUCUAAUAUUUAUCUUCUUACUGCACGUCGUCCAAUACCCCUUCCUGUCAGCCUUGAGACUAAUGGGAGAAGGAACUUGCUGUUCCUAACGAGAUUUGCCAUCUCGCAGAGUUCGUUAGACCAAGGCUGCGGCCCCAUACAUCUCUGGUCCCUUUCACUGCGACUAUUAGCUUUGCGGCUUCAGCUUCUUCCCCUUGUCAAAAGCACCAUGUCUUCUUUAACUGGAGAUCCCAUGCAGUUCGUGGUCCGAUGGAGCGAUGGCCAAGAAUUCCCGGAGCACCGUUUCCCUGAGGAAUACAAACGAGAUGAUUCUGUCACGGCCUCUUGGCUGUCCAAGUUGGGAGAGAUGAUUCGAGACCAGAUGUAUCCACAAUCAAGCCGUCGAGGUGUCCUUGUCGAGUUCCCAGCCCACUACCACAUCCGUAGACGGCCUCGAAGCGGUACGAGUAAACGAUAUGACUACUACCUAUAUGGUUACCCCGAUGAAAGGGCCGACACUACAGCAGCUGAAGCUCCUCAGACGAGGCUGCCGGCUCUCAAGAAUUUCAGAUCCGCUGCCGAAUUCUUUGACCACUUGAUGUUUUUGUUGAAUGGUCCCCAGGACCGAUCAGGUUGUCAGUGCAAACACUGCAAACCCGCUUCCGAAUCCAGGGCAGCGUUGUUGAAUGCCAGAGCUCCACCACCAGCUAGAGUUAACCCUGCCAAUUCCAUAUUCCCCCGGCUUGGUCCCGCCAACAUCGCCACACCUCAAGCCGGUACGGUGAACACCGUCCAUCAACCUGCCGUGUUGCAGCCUGUCGGUCCUCAACCUGCCAAUCCUCAGACUGUCGCUAGAAGUCCUGCCGCUACUUCGUCCAAUGCGCCGACGAACAGACCCCCCUCUGAUGUCAGAGCUCAGGCGCAGCCGGUCCCUAGUCGGACUCAAUCAACCAUGAUCAUCCCAACUUCCGCUCCAGGUUCGCUCGCAAGUAUCGCCGAUACCCACCGGACGCCAGUAAAUGUAUUAUUCCCCCAGCCUGAUGAGGCCUCGGUAUAUCGACAGGGAGAGGUCAUUUGGUACACGACAGACGGCAGACAGUUCUCCCUAGGAUUGAUUCUUCGAAACACGCCCGCCGAUGCUAGCACUGGCUCUCAGUCAACCAGUCAAAUAAAACCUCUCUCGUACUGGCGCCGAAGCCUUCCGGAGGUCGAAAUUCUAGAAUCGGAUAUGCGACCCUUUUUUACCUUCAGUGUGCCGGGGCCCCAAGAGGAUCUAACCGAGCUGGUGCAGCGACUCAUGGGACCAGGCCCGGUGACGCCGGAAAUGAUUAGUUCUGAGGCUGGGAGAGAACGAUCGCUAAUCGUUGAGGCAUCAAAGGUAGCCGCGUCCCGAGUAGACAAAUCUUACUCCCUAUUCAACCCGGGAUUAAAUCAGUACGCAACAUCAAAGCAUCAGAGCUUCGGUGGCGUGUUCCUGGGUGCCGAAAAGGUUAGCCUAUACGAGGCGGUCCGAGUUCGCGUCGACCAGCCCGAAUUUGACAACACCCGCCUCGGUGCCGUGAUGAUUAUCAAGGAUAUCUUCCUGGAGAGUGCGGAACAAGGAGACCAGCUCUGGUUCGAGGGCGACGUCUGGAUCUUACGCGAGGUUGCGGCCGCCGAAGCGCAGAUGUUCGGCCCUGAAGAUGUCACGCCGGCCAUGAAGCGCGAGAAGGCAUUUCUGAACAAAUUACGACAACAGCAUGAAUCCUACUUAGUGUGGGAAAAGGUUCUCCACGUCGCGAGAAAGCCCGAGACAUUCAUCCAGGGCCGGUUCUACGAGUCUGAGAAGGUGGUUCCCAUGGUGUUUAAGGGCAAUUUUGACCACUUUCUACAGACAGGGGAUGUCCCAUCUAUCAGAUUGCACCUGAACAGCCGUUUCGACGUGCCCGGUGAUUACAUCGGCAGGAAGAAUUCGCGACUGGAUAUGCUGGCCGGAUCCAUCCCCGACGAUACGGUGUUGCAGUUCCCGCCUACCCUCGUUGAGUGGCCAGGGGCUGCCCGCCGUACCCCUUUCCCACUGGAGGCGGCUACAAGCCACAUGUGAAGACUACCUAGGUCUUACACGAACGUACCGCCUAGCAACUUUGCAUCGACGAGUGGAAGGGGUUAUGUUGAGGAGAGCAAGUGCCAUAGUUUCUCUCCAUGGCUAUACAGGUUUGAUGGAGGGGAAAUAGUUCGUCGCCACGUUUGGUGCUAAUACGGACGGACUUUUCACGGCUGUCGUCGAGUUUACGCCUGGGAGGCGGGUUUUAACCCCCUUUAGGUAAACGGCGAGCUAGAGUAGAGAGCUUACGCUUCUAAACAACAUGCGCAGUUGGGGCGCCGAUCUCAACUGGAUGAAGCACUCGGCCCUAGAGCCGCUCUCUCUAGUCGUCGCAUCCCAAUUUAUCCCCAUGGAGAUAGGCAGGCUUACGUUGCUGACAAGCCAUACCACUCCCCUGGUUCGGGUGCUCUACGCUUUACGCCCUAAUGUCGAGUUUCAGGUCGGUAGACUGCUGUCUACAUGUCUCUUGCCUAUGUAAUAAUAAAUUGAUCGUCACUUAACGUUUAA